UCCAUAAUGCCUGAAGUGCGAGACCUCUCCGAUGCCUUGCCCGACUUGCCGAUGGAUCCCAUCACGGGUGUUGGUGUGGUUGCAUCCCGGAACCGAGCACCGACAGAUUAUGAUGUAGUUGCACAAACAGCAGAUGGCUUGGAUGCUGACCUCUGGAAAGAUGGGUUAUUUAAAUCCAAGGUCACACGAUACCUGUGCUUCACGAGAUCGUUUUCAAAAGAAAAUAGUCAUUUAGGCAACGUCUUGGUUGAUAUGAAGCUCAUUGAUAUCAAGGACACUUUACCCGUGGGCUUCAUUCCCAUCCAGGAGACCUCUGAUACACAAGAAAUAGCAUUCAGGAAGAAGAGGCUGUGCAUUAAAUUCAUCCCUCGAGAUUCUACAGAGGCAGCGAUCUGUGAUAUCCGAAUCCUGGGUAGAUCUAAACAAGCCCCUCCUCAGUACACCUUCAUAGGGGAGUUGAACAACAUGGGCAUUUGGUACCGGAUGGGCAGAGUUCCACGCAACCAUGAGCCUUCGCAGCCUGAGACUCCUCCUUCCCAAGCACCAUCUUCAACACCCGCUCCUAACCUGCCAAGGUAA